GCGGGUGCGCAGGCGCGGCGGGGAGCGCUGAUGCAAGAGCCGAGCGCGGCCGCGGGGCCCCCGUGAGCCGCGUCCCUCCCGCCGAACCGCGUCCGCCCCUCCCGCGUCCCUCCCGCGCCGCAGCCAUGUCGGGCGACGAGAUGAUUUUCGAUCCUACUAUGAGCAAGAAGAAGAAGAAAAAGAAGAAGCCUUUUAUGUUGGAUGAGGAAGGAGGGGAUACACAGGCAGAAGAGACUCAGCAGUCAGAAACAAAAGAAGUUGAACCAGAGCCAACAGAAGACAAAGAUGUUGAGGCAGAUGAAGAAGACAGCAGGAAGAAAGAUGCAACAGAUGACCUGGAUGAUCUAAACUUCUUCAAUCAAAAGAAAAAGAAGAAGAAAACAAAAAAGAUAUUUGAUAUAGAUGAAGCAGAAGAAGGUGUAAAGGACUUGAAAAUUGAAGGAGAUGUGCCAGAGGCAGUAGAACCUGAAGAUGACCUUGAUAUCAUGCUGGGCAAUAAAAAGAAGAAAAAGAAGACUUUCAAGUCUCCAGAUGAAGAUGAGAUAACAGAGAAGGAUGAAGCUUUUGAGGAUGAAGAUAGCAAAAAAGAUGAUGGAAUUUCUUUUAGCCUUCAGUCAGGACCUGCAUGGGCAGGCUCAGAAAGGGACUACACAUAUGAUGAGUUGCUCAACAGAGUAUUUAACAUCAUGCGGGAAAAGAACCCUGAUAUGGUAGCUGGGGAAAAACGGAAGUUUGUCAUGAAGCCUCCACAGGUUGUAAGAGUAGGGACCAAGAAAACAUCUUUUGUCAACUUUACAGAUAUCUGCAAGUCAUUACAUCGUCAGCCAAAACAUCUCCUGGCAUUUUUGCUGGCAGAAUUGGGUACAAGUGGCUCAAUAGAUGGUAAUAACCAACUUGUAAUCAAAGGAAGAUUCCAGCAAAAACAGAUAGAAAAUGUCUUGAGAAGAUAUAUCAAGGAGUAUGUCACCUGCCACACGUGUCGGUCACGAGACACCAUCCUACAGAAGGACACCAGGUUAUAUUUCUUGCAGUGUGAGACCUGCCACUCGCGCUGCUCCGUCGCCAGCAUCAAAACUGGUUUCCAGGCUGUCACAGGCAAGAGAGCACAGCUCCGUGCCAAAGCUAACUAGUUUGCUAAUCAACACUGGAUUUUGCAAAGUGUUCUGGGGAGAUGUGACUGGACAGGUUUACAAUCGGAAUGGAUUGACCAUUGUAUUAAAACAAGAUUGUAAAAACUACGAGAAAUUUGGCUUUUGAUUGGUUGGUCUGUGAAAUCCUUGCAAGAUGCAGAUCCUCAAGCUGUUCACAUACAUUUGCUCAUUGAAUAUAUUUUACCAACUGUAAGGAACGUGAUGGGAAAGGAGGUGCUUUUUAACCCAUUCAGACUUCUGUAAAACACAAGAUAAAUUAAAGAUACUAUAACUGAGUGUCUUUGAUUUGGAUUUUUCCUUCAGUUUCCUCUUGAACCAGCUCAUGGGAAUGGUUGGUGUGUUGUUCUGCAGAUCAUGUCACUGAACUAUGGACAAGACCCAGAAUAAAGUUUGAGACACAGGUUCUUUUGCUUGUACACAACUCAGUAUCAGCUAGGCUCUCACUAAACAGAGAAGCAGUCACAGGGGUGAUAACACCAACGUGAGAACUGCUUGUGCUUUUAUAGCCUCAUGAAUGUGGGAAAGGAUUUUGCACAGGAAGGGACACCAGGACCUGUUGAUGGUGCUUCAUUAGGUAGAAUGCAGCUCUGAUUUUUAUUUGGACACCAUAUUGAUGCUAAAUCUUGAGAUAGAAUGGAUAAACUGUACUGUAAGCUUUCAUAGUCUCAUAGUACUAAAUUUUACAAUUUCUAAGAGAGAAAUGUUUGUAUUUCUUCAGUCCUGCACUCUUCACCACUUUGAAAAUAAUUUAAAUACAGCAAAAAGAGAGGAUGUAGUUAACAUGAUUUUAUGGUGGCUGCAACACACUUUGUCUUGUAUGAAUCUUGGAUUUACAGAAGAUACUGCCAAGUAGUUUGAGUUCCAAAUGAACACAUUAAGCUUCUUGCUGAUAAGGUGCAUUUCUCUGCCAGCAGGCAGGACCAGUCAGCUCUGGAGGAUGUGCAUUGUGCUGUCCUGACUGGUUUUUCUAGUGCUGUAGGAAUUUUGUUACAGCUGCCAAGUACAAAGGUGCAAAGGGGGAGUGCAGUCCCUUGGGCACCGUGAGGGGACAGUUUUCAUGUAAUGGCUGAGGUGGCACAGGGUCAGGAUAAGAUGAAGUGGCUCAGGACCCCGGGCACCCAUCCCUGCAGGGGAGCAGAGCAGCUUCCUGCCCAGAGGAAACAGUGGUGAUUCUGAAUGCAACUCAUCACAUCUCAGAAGCUGAAGGGUUUCUACCAAGUUUUAAUCUUUGUAUGUAUGUUAAUACAGAGCACAGUCUUGCUGGGAAGUCUCUUGCUGUUUGAAAACUUGACAAAGGGCAAAAAUCAAGGUUUUAUGGAUGGUUUCUCAAAAGCAUUUUGAAUUUCAAGUGAGCUAUAACAAAUGUUGGAUGUAUCUUUAAGUGAAUAAAGCCAGGAUCAGUGCCUCUUGUAACAUUA